AUGAGAAGCCCAACGGUCCAAGAGGGAUCACGUGAAUGCAAUGUUUGGCAGGGCCCACAGAGCCCAGGCUGCAACUUCUCUGAAGCCGGCCCUUGCAGGAACUUUUCACAAAAGUCAAACAGUUAAAGCAGAUUCUAGAGAUGUGAUAGAAACCAAGGGAAAAUGUGCCUUGUUUUCUUCUAAAUAAGGAGAUCAGUGGAUAAACUGUGCUUCUCCAGAGUCCUGGCCUCAAAUGUCUCAAAAGGCAAAAUGAUUAAGAGAGAAAUAAGUGUGUGUCAACAGACAUGGGCAUUAUUAUGCAAGAACCUUCUGAAGAAAUGGAGAAUGAAAAGAGAGUUCUUGAUGGAAUGGUUGACCCCAUUGCUCCUCCUACUUUGUUUGUAUCUAUAUCCUACUAAUCAUAAAGUUAAUGAUUUUUCUUCACUGCCUGCUGUGGACCUGGGACCGGUAGACUCAUUUAAAGAUUCUACAUUUUCUAUUAUAUACACACCUGUCACCAAUUCAACCCAACAGAUAAUGAGUAAAGUAGCCUUAGCCUCCUUCAUGAAAGAUAUAAAAGUUUUGGGGCUGUCCAGUGAAGAAAAUAUUAAAGAAUUAAUGCCAGAUUAUCCUGAGGAAGUAAUACAAGUCAUCUUUACUAAUACAUUCUCAUAUCAUUUGAAAUUCUUGCUGGGAUACAGAAUCCCGACAAAAAAGGAACACAAGGACCAUGAAGCUCAUUGUUUUAAAAUGAGUGGAGGUGUUAACUGCCAAGUUUCACAAUACUGGGAGAGAGGUUUCGUCGCUCUUCAAGCUGCUAUCAAUGCUGCUAUUAUAGAAACUGCAACAAAUCAUUCAGUGAUGGAGGAAUUGAUGUCCGUUACUGGAAAAAAUAUGAAGAUACAUCCCUUUGUCAGUCAAGGGGGCAUUGCAGCUGAUUUCUUCAUUUUCUUCUGCGUUAUUUCCUUUUCCUCAUUCACUUAUUAUGCAUCUCUUAACAUUACAAGAGAGAGGAAAAAGAUGAAGGGCUUGUUGAGGAUGAUGGGUCUUCGGGAUUCGGCAUUCUGGCUCUCCUGGGGUCUACUCUAUGGUGUUUUCAUCUUCAUUAUGGCACUUUUCUUGGCACUUAUUAUAAAAUCUGUCCAGUUUGUCAUUCUGACUGGCUUCAUGGCGAUCUUCACCCUUUUUUUCCUCUAUGGAUUGUCUUUGAUAGCUUUGGCUUUUCUAAUGAGCGUCUUGGUAAAGAAAUCUUUCCUCACUGGUCUGGUCAUGUUCCUUCUCACCGUCUUUUGGGGAAGUUUGGGAUUUACAGCAUUGUACAGGCAACUUCCUACAUCCUUGGAGUGGAUUUUAAGCUUUCUUAGCCCGUUUGCCUUCAUGCUUGGAAUGGCCCAGCUUUUGCGCACAGACUAUGAUUUGAAUUCCAGUGCAUUUCCUAAUCCAUCAGACUACUCAAAUCUGAUAAUAGCAACAAAUUUCAUGUUGGCAUUUGAUCUUUUCUUCUAUGUGGCAUUGACGAUUUAUUUUGAGAAAAUUUUGCCAAAUGAAUAUGGACAUGGAUAUCCCCCCUUGUUUUUCCUGAAGUCCUCCUUUUGGUCACGGCAACAGAAAGCUGAUCAUGUGGUCCUCGAACAUGAAAUCGAUUCCGAUCCUUCAUCUAAUGACUCCUUGGAACCAAUGCCUCCAGAAUUCCAUGGGAAAGAAGCCAUCAGAAUCAGAAAUGUUACAAAAGAAUAUAAAGGAAAGCCUGAUAAAAUAGAAGCAUUGAAAGAUCUGGUAUUUGACAUAUAUGAAGGCCAAAUCACUGCAAUACUUGGUCACAGUGGAACUGGAAAAUCAACACUGUUAAACAUUCUUAGCGGGCUAUCUGUUCCCACCAAAAGCUCAGUCACCAUUUAUAACAAUAAGCUUUCAGAAAUGACUGAUCUAGAGAAUAUCAUGAAGCUCACUGGAAUUUGUCCACAAUCCAAUGUGCAGUUUGACUUCCUUACUGUGAAAGAAAAUCUCAGGCUCUUUGCGAAAAUAAAAGGAAUUCAGUCGCAUGAACUGGACAAAGAGGUUUUCCUAUUGGAUGAACCAACUGCUGGAUUGGAUCCCUUUUCAAGGCACCAAGUUUGGAACCUCCUGAAGGAGCGGAGAGCAGACCGUGUGAUCCUCUUCAGUACCCAGUUCAUGGAUGAGGCUGACAUCCUGGCUGAUAGGAAAGUGUUUCUCUCCAACGGGAGGCUGAAGUGUGCAGGUUCUUCUCUGUUUCUAAAGAAGAAAUGGGGCAUUGGAUAUCACUUAAGUUUGCAGUUGAAAGAAAUGCAUGUUCAGGAAAAUAUAACAUCACUUAUUAAACAGCACAUUCCUGAUGCCAAAUUAUCAGCAGAAAGUGAAGGAAAACUUGUCUACACAUUGCCCUUAGAAAGAACAAAUAGAUUUCCAGCACUUUAUGAGGAUCUGGAUAGAUGUCCUGGCCUGGGGAUUGAGAAUUACGGUGUUUCCAUGACAACCUUGAACGAAGUGUUCCUGAAACUGGAAGGAAAAUCAGCUGUUGAUGAAUCAGAUAUUGCCACGUUGGGAGAAGCACAGGCAGAAAGAACCGGAGACACAGAGAGGCUUGUUGAGACGGAACAAGUUCUCAGUUCACUCAAUGAGAUGACAAAGACAAUAGGGGGCCUGGCUCUCUGGAGACAGCAACUCUGCACGAUUGCACGGGUUCGCUUCUUGAAGUUAAAGCAUGAAAGAAAAGCUCUCUUAUCUCUGCUCUUGAUUCUAGGAGUUGGAAUUUGCCCUCUUCUUUUGAAGAAUAUCAUCACUAAAAUAUAUGAAAAGAGCUACACUUGGGACCUUUCUCCUCGUUUAUACUUCCUUGCUCCAGGACAGCAAUCACAUGAUCCUCUCACUCAGUUAUUGAUCAUCAAUAAAACAGGGGCAAGCAUUGAUGAUUUUAUACGUUCUGUGGAGCAUCAGAACAUAGCUUUGGAAGUGGAUAUAUUUGGAACUAAAAAUGGCCUGGAUGACCCAUCUUAUAAUGGAGCCAUCAUAGUAUCUGGUAAUACAAAGAAUUACAGAUUUUCAUUAGCAUGCAAUAGCAAAAGACUAAAUUGCUUCCCAGUUCUUAUGGAUAUUAUUAGUAAUGCGCUACUUGGAAUGAUUACACCAUCAGCACAUAUCCAAACUGACAGAAGUACAUUUUUAAGGGACAGAAGGAGUAAUCCACAUGAAUUCCAGGGAUAUUCCAUGCCCUGGUUGAUUUUGACAUCCUCAUGUACUCCUUAUAUUGCCAUGAGCAGCAUUGAUGAUUAUAAGAGCAAAGCUCAGUCCCUGCUAUGGAUUUCGGGCCUCUUCCCUUCUGCAUACUGGUGUGGGCAGGCGCUGGUGGAUGUUCCGGUGUACUGCUUGAUCUUCCUUCUUAUGUAUUUGGUGGACUACGGUUUAAAUGCCCAAGACACUCUAUUUACAGUUGUAAAUCAGAUUAUACAAAUCCUGUGUGCGGUUGGCUAUGCCGCCUCCCUUAUCUUCUUGACAUAUGUGAUUUCAUUCAUUUUUCACAAGGGGAAAAGAAAUAGUGGCAUUUGGUCUUUUUGCUUCUGUAUGAUCACCAUCUUCUCUGUGUUUAUAUUGCUGUUUGAACACUAUGGACAUGUCGCACUGUACUGUGUCACCUUUUUGGUACCACACGCCACGUUAAUUGGCUGUAUGUUCUUAUAUUUUCAGGUGUUCAUAUUUUAUUUCCAGAAUGAAGAAUCAAGAAGUAUAGAGCUAUUUCUGCCGUUCCUUCAUUUUAUCAUCUUCCUUUUUAUUCUCCGAUGUCUGGAAUGGAAGUUUGGAAAGAAACCAAUGAGGAAGGAUCCCUUCUUUAGAAUUUCUCCAAGAAGCAACGAUGCUUAUCAAAAUCUGGAAGCACCAGAAGGGGAGGAUGAAGAUGUUCAACUGGAAAGAAUGAGAACAGCAGAUGCCUUGAAUUCCACAAACUUUGAUGAGAAACCGGUCAUUAUCUUCAGCUGCCUGCGCAAAGAGUAUGCAGGGAAAAGGAAAUGCUGCUUUUCCAAGAGGAAGAAGAAAAUCGCUGCAAGAAAUGUCUCUUUCUGUGUUAGAAAAGGUGAGGUUUUAGGAUUAUUAGGACACAAUGGAGCUGGGAAAAGCACAUCCAUUAAGCUGAUAACUGGAGACACGAAACCAACUGCUGGACAGGUGCUACUAAAAGGGAGCAGCGGGGAGGGCUCCCAGGGCUUCCUGGGGUACUGUCCCCAGGAGAACGUGCUGUGGCCCAAUCUGACUGUGAAGGAGCACCUGGAGGUGUUUGCUGCCAUCAAAGGACUGAGGAAAGCGGACGCAGCCAUCACCAUCUCGAGGUUGGUGGAUGCGCUCAAGCUGCAGGACCAGCUGAAGCUGCCCGUGAAGGCCUUAUCCGAGGGAAUAAAGAGGAAGGUGUGCUUCGCGCUGAGCAUCCUGGGAAACCCGUCGAUGGUGCUUCUGGACGAGCCGUCCACGGGGGUGGACCCCGAGGGACAGCAGCAGAUGUGGCAGGUGAUCCGGGCCACCUUCAAAGACACAGAGAGGGGUGCCCUCCUGACGACCCACUACAUGGCGGAGGCUGAGGCUGUGUGUGACCGCGUGGCCAUCAUGGUGUCCGGAAGGCUGAGAUGUAUCGGUUCCAUCCAACACCUGAAGAGUAAAUUUGGUAAGAAUUAUCUGCUGGAGAUGAAGGUGAAGACCCCCGAGCAGAGGGAAAGCCUCCAUCGUGAAAUUCUGAGGGUUUUCCCCCAGGCUGCCCGGCAGGAAAGGUACUCUUCUGUGAUGGUGUAUAAACUGCCAGUGGAAAAUGUGCGACCUUUAGCACAAGCUUUCUGCACAUUAGAGAAGGUUAAACAGAGCUUCCACCUGGAGGAGUACAGCCUCUCCCAGUCCACCCUGGAGCAGGUUUUCCUGGAGCUCUCCAAGGAACAGGAGCUGGAUGACUUUGAUGAAGAACUUGACCCUUCAGUGAAGAGGAAACUCCUCCCACAGGAAGACCCUUAAAGCCCCAAAUACCCUAUGUUUCUGUUCAAGCAUGUGGUUGUUUUUUAAGACAUUUUUUUUUUAUAGCAUCAAUGUCAUAUUUUUAGAAACUGUAUUAUAAACACUGACAUGGUUCUUCCUGUGGUGGAGAGGAAGAGGGAGCAAUGCCUGGGCAGUCCCGGCUACCACAUGGACAGAGGCCUGUGGCUGAGCCCGCCUCCCAGUCACUGCCUCUGUGUCUCCGCAGGUCACCCUGAUUCCACUUUUCUGUACAAUA